CCAAAUAGUUGUCCCUAACAACCCAGGCGCUUCACUGUAGUGUUUUCAGUUUUCAGCCCCGGAGGAUAUUUUAGCUUUAGCUAAAUCCUCAACUCCAGCGACUCAGUAUGAUGGGCCUAAACAGGUCCAAGAGGAGCAGCAGAGUGUAAAUAACCAGACCCAACAGGACGUACCGUCAUGGAGGAGCCGCAAGAGGCGCCGGAGCUCCCGGCAAAGAAAGCAAGGCACGACCCAGAAGCCGGUCAGGAAGAUAAUGUGAGAGGCGAGGUCGUUCACGAGAACAGACCAGACGUUUUAGGCACUGAUGUCACCAAUUACCCUCCAUCGUCUGCUGUUCACCUAGACCCUGUUCCAGGGAAUCAAGAACACACAAAUCAGCACAUAUCAGGCUGUGACUCAGACCGCACCUAUGCUAAAGUGGAGACUUGCAAAGAGCUCACAGCUGCAGAAUCUGAAUAUACCUCACAGAUCUACCAAGGAAACAACCCUGCAGUUACUGCAUACGACAGCCAGGUGGCGUUCUCUUCCCUGGGUCAGUCAGCAGCAUACAGCACCUUUAGCCAGACAGGCCAAACCUACGGCCUGCCUCCAUUCGGUGCCAUGUGGCCGGGCAUUAAGAGCGAGCCCAGGCUGCAGGACGUGUCCGCCACCGGCCAGACGCCGUUUCUCAGCUUCAGCACAGCUUAUACUUCAACUCAGCCGUGCCAGACCCACUACUCGUACCCCAGCCAAGGUUCCUGUUUCACUACGUCCAGUGUGUACACGAACAUCCCAACAGCCCCUGCCGUCACCACAGCCCCCGCUGCACAUCAAGAUUUCUCCAGCUACAACUCUUUGGGACAAAACCAGUUCCCCCAGUAUUAUGUCCCUCCAAACAGUUAUCUCUCACCUGCACCCUCCAAUAACGAAACAGACGGAGACAACGUCUCUUCGCCACCUUACACGAUCGUUAAGAUUGAGGACAGUGCCCCCACAGGACUUCCCUGCUCUACAGCUGCAACUCCAGCCAGUGUGACCCUGCCUGACAGCGCUGCGCAGGACGAAGCCGCUCGCAGAAAUCCUCCACCCAAAGCAAAAGCCAAAGCAAAGAAAUCGGACAGCGGACAAUCUACAGACAGCGACCUGGAGCGAAUCUUUUUGUGGGAUCUGGAUGAAACAAUCAUCAUUUUCCAUUCCCUUCUCACAGGGUCGUUUGCACAAAAGUUUGGCAAGGAUCCAUCCACGGUGCUUAAUCUGGGACUGCAGAUGGAGGAGCUGAUCUUCGAACUAGCAGACACGCAUCUCUUCUUCAAUGACCUGGAGGAGUGUGACCAAGUCCAUGUUGAGGAUGUGUCCUCUGAUGACAAUGGACAAGAUUUAAGCAACUAUAACUUUACGAAUGAUGGGUUCAGUGGGACGGGCGGAGCAGGAGGGCAGAGCUCCAACCCGGCGGUGCAAGGCGGAAUAGACUGGAUGCGCAAGCUGGCCUUUCGAUACCGCCGCCUUAAAGAAAUCUACAACGGAUACAAAGGGAACGUAGGAGCUCUGCUGAGUCCCCAAAAGAGGGACCUGCUGCUGCGAGUGCGCAGUGACAUCGAGACUGUGACGGACAGCUGGCUCAGCACCGCUAUCAAAUCCCUCCUGCUGAUCCAGUCCAGGGGCAGAUGUAUGAAUGUUCUGGUCACCACCACUCAGCUGGUUCCCGCUCUGGCUAAAGUGCUCCUGUAUGGACUCGGGGACGUUUUCCCCGUCGACAACAUCUACAGCGCCACCAAGAUCGGGAAGGAAAGCUGCUUUGAGCGCAUUGUGUCACGUUUCGGAAAGAAGGUGACCUACGUGGUCAUAGGAGACGGCCGGGAGGAGGAGUUUGCCGCUAAGCAGCACAACAUGCCGUUCUGGCGCAUCUCAUCUCACGGAGACCUGGUGUCUUUACACCAAGCUUUGGAGCUGGACUUCUUAUAGAGAACACACACCCAGGCUCUCUUUCUCGUUCUUACACACACACAAACACACACACACACAUAUACAGACACACACACACACCUGAUGAGGCUGCGCAAACAGAAGAAGAGUUUGCGCCUGCAGGAAAUCCUUCCACUACCUUUUUAAGGCAGCUAAAAUCCCCAGGCACGAGCCUGGCACUGCGAUAAUAUCUUCAGAUGUACACAAGGAUGGCAAGAAUGAUCCGGAAGCUGGCCCUCGCUGCUGGCGAAAGCACUGCGUCUUUUUCACGAGCGAUCUUGUUCAAACUGGAUUCACCAAAGGAAAGACCAAAGCUCUGUACUGGCAUUAUUUUUAUUUUUUGGGGUUGCAUCUUUUUUUUUCUUUAGUUUGUGUGCCUCAUCCUGAACUCUUUCUUCUCUUUUGCACUCGUAGAGGACUUGACUGGUGGUUGAGCCUGAAUGUGGAUAGGGAAUAGCAGUAGAGUUUUCUCUGCCAUUUUUCUUUCUUUCUUUCCCAUUUCAUCGACCCAGUCUUUCAGGUGGUCUAGAGGGCGAGCGGCGAGACGAUUCACCACAGCUGGAUUCACACGACUGGAUCGAUCAGACUGGCAACAUUCAUAUAUUUCUAUUCUAUUCUCAGCAUACUCACUCACUUUUAUCGUAAUCUCUUGGCGCCUGAAUUUAGAGAGGAUGAAGGGGAGAAGAAAAAAAAAAAAACGGUACAUCAGUUUGUUUCCUUGGUCUUUUACGCGUCCUGUAUGUUUGUGUAAAAUUUGAUCUUCAGUAUCGAUCCUCAUCUAUAAGCAUCCUAGGUAAUGAUCUGACUUGCCGUGUAUUUUAAAUGGCAGGAUAUCAAAGGAAUACUCCAGUGUUUUACGCUAAAUGGAUUGUAAUGGUUUAUUUACAGACAUUCUAAAAGAUCGAGGGUUGUUUUUAAGGUCCUGUUCGUGAAUACGUAAUAAUGCAAAUUCGGUAAGGUUUGAGGAUAAGGUUCAUGCUGUUUCAGCUUCCUUUCAGGUUUUGUUUAAUCCGUACAGUAGAAACUAUUUUAAAAAAAUAAUAGUAAUCAGUGCUGGACAACUAAGCACACCAGAGCGUGCUGUUUAUUGAAAAACAAUCAACUGUUACUAGAUUAUUUGUCUAAUAACAGCACUCAAGUGUUUUAUUCCACAGCAUUUACAAUGUUUUAUUGGUGCGUCUUGUUAUAUAUUUUUUCCACCCCGUUACGUGUACAUGAAGUUCCCGCACGUUUUAUCGCUUAUGUUAUAGCAGCUAUAAACCUCCGUUCGGAUUCUUUUUGCCUCAUGCACAGCUUAUCCAAAGGGUUUAAAAACGUAGUGACAGUCGUCGUCUUUAGGGAAAGAUUUCUUCUGUAAUUGGUAAUGAAGCUUGCUCACAUGUGGAACUGCUGUUAUGGAAAAACAAUCAACAAUCGAGAAUCCAACCACUAGUAAUAAAAAAAGUCUGUUAUUGUUUCUUAAAGAAAUCAGUAGAUGGAGAUUAGGUGGGGAAAAAACACUAGAGUAUUCCUUUAACAUUGUUUUUCCUUAGCAAGCAGCACGUAUUUAGCGAGUCUCUUUCUGCGCAUUAUGAUGCUGAAAUCCGCGGCUUCCACGAGACAGCGACAACCCUCUGACGUACUUCAGCUCAUUACCUUCCCUGCUCCACGCCUAUCAUCAUUACAAGAGAAAAAUAUCUUCCAGUUAUUUAAAUGCGGGUUCUUGUCGCAGUCGAGAUGGUCAGUGUUAUAAACUUCCUCGUGAUGUCCUUAACAAAGCCCACUGUGGUGAUUCUUAGACUUUUUCCCUUUAUCAUAAACCUCUCCGCCCAGCCUCAUCUCCGAGCGCUCGCUUUCCCUGUGUCGUCACACAAACCACACGUUUUGGGAGAAGGAAACUCUGUGCAAUAUGUUUCCGGUCAGCGACACAAACGACGACGAAGAAAGACGGAUGUUUCUGGAUGUCGUGAGAUUGUUGUGAGAUUCGACUGAACCGGUCCUGAGCCUGACGAAGAAGAAACACAUUUUUCACACAAGCAGCUUCGACUGAAUUUACGAAUGUGGACUUUUGUUUUUUUGUUUUCCCUGUACUUAUUUAUAUUGUGCCUUUUAACUAUAAACCUUACAGUGUAUCAUCUUUAAAGGGAUUUGCUGUAAUACUGCAAAUGUUUAAUGGUUUUGUUUUUGUUGCCGUCAUGUGUGUUUAUAAAGUCACAGUAAGUAAAAGUGUUCCUCCGUCUUUUUUUUUUUUUUUUUUGUCUGAGUUUUUACUUGAUUCUGAGGCUUGGUCUAACUCAUGCCUAAAAUGUUAUUGUACAUAGUCUCUCCUCCCUCGACUUGCAGUCUCUUGCUUGUUAAUGCACGAUUAACAUCGUGAGCAAAGAACGUUCGCUGGUUUUUUACCGCGACAGCGUUUUUCAUACACGUAUAUGCAGAGCGACCAGUCUGUUUGCCGCCCUCUGCAGAUCACUUUGAGACUUAAAACGCAUGGACAAUCAAGGAAACUUCAAAAGGCAGCAUUUAUAAAUCUGAAAAGCUGUUCAUGCUCAAACCUUUAGGUAAAAAAAAAAGGGAAAAAAGUCUUUUCAUAUGUAUACCAUCUCUCUCUCACUAUUGUCAAGCUUUUUUUGUUUUUUUUUCAUGUGAGCGUGUGUAAUUAUAUUUGAGCCAAGGCUCGGUCUGAUAAUGAAGCAGCUACGACAAAUCAUUUAGCGCUGUAAAUAUGUUUUGUGUGUGCAUUUUAGGCUGUUUGUGUUCUGCAAGUAUGAAUGAUUUUUUUUUUUUCCGGCAAGUACUUUAACGUUGAUGUGACUUGACCACGUUACAUAGGAAAUAGUUUACUAACUACUCUGAUGCAAUUUCUUUUAUUUCUUGUUUUUGUAUUUUUAUUGUUCUGCUCUGUUCUGUUUUUUUGUUGCUGACCGGAACACUGUUCUUGGCCCGGACAAGUUUUCCCUGUGUAUUAUAAUACUAUUUGUGGCAGCAUAAAUAAUAAUAAAUAAAUAAAAACAA